GGAAUGUUUGUUUGCCGUGUUCUUCGUUUUAUCUCUUUUGUCCAUGACCAUGUUCUUUACCCUUGUGCUCUUGUUAAUUGGUUCAUACCCGAUGAAGAGCCUGAUGAAGUGACUGGGAUGUGGAUUGUACGCCCUGAGAAGGUUGGAGGUCGACGUUCCGUUGGUUUGAUUCACUUAGAAUGCUUUGUUCGUGCUUGUCAUUUACUCCCGGUCUUUGGUAACACAAGAAUACCCCACUCAUUUCAACAUUCCGACUCCCUUUCUGCUUUCAAAGCCUUCUACCUUAACCAAUUUAUUGAUUAUCACUCUCAUGAAUGUAUUCCAUCUACGUAA